UAUAAACACAUCGGCACUCUAGCUGUGUCCUCACUCGUGAAGACGCUGAUCGAAAAAAGAAUUCCGAACUAAGUUUGCGUAGACACUGGCUCGAAACCGUUCUCCUGCAAACAAUGCAAACGCGCCUUUAAUCGACAGGACUCGCUGAUGCGACAUGAGAAACUGCAUUCACGUCCAUCAGUCCACGGUUCGCAGCCACUGUCCCCAGUUGAUCCAAGAGACAAAGACAAGCCCGCAACACCCGAGAGUAUCCAGUCCAGCUCGCGCGAAAGCUACAGCUCGGAAAUCCCGAAUCCGCCAAAUCCGACUCUGCAACACCAGCAGCAGCCGAACUUUGACUCGGAAGUCACACAGCAGUGGCCGGAGCUAGACUUUGAGUUGAUCUGGCCAGACGCAGAAGAUCUGUUCCAGAGCAUCAACUCGCAGCAUAUCUCGGACUGGCAAAUGCCGGGACACUCGCUGCCUUUACCGUUCGACACAAACAGCUAUGGCAACUCACAUCCAGCUGAAGCGAGUAGCCAACGCUAUCAUGGAUCAGCAGGAGCUCCUGGGCCCACCGGUCCCGUCACCAGCGGAGGCGGAGGCAAUCAAGCUGUACAAGGUGUGAGCGACAUGAUCUCGAAUCUGUCGUCGAGUGUCACGAUGCAGGCUGGACCUACCUCGAUUGAUUCGACUUUUCUCGAUGAGAGUCUCCACAUGUUUUUCGUCAAGUUCGUACCCACAUUUCCUGUGUUACACAGAAGCACGUUUGUGUUUAAGGACUGUCUACACCCCUUACUUUUGAACGCCAUCGCUAUCGGGUCGUUGUACUUGGGGCCUAAGGAUUCAAUAGCAAAGGGAGAAGCCCUCUGGCGGCUGGCCCACACAGCGAUUGCAACAUCAUGGCAGAGCCUCUUGAAGCAUCAAGGGCCGUACGACCCAUGCCCAGGCGUUCAGCUACUCAUUGGCAUGCUCCUGGGUAAGAUGUAUGGUCUGUUGUCCAAGAACCGCCAGAUCCGGACGACAGCGCAGGCAUUCCACUCCCUUGGCUUCUUCUGCGCAAGCCAUUCGGGAAUGCUAGAUUGUAGACCUUACGACAUCGCCAACCUCCCGACCGCCGAUUCAACAAAGGAAGAGAAGGAGAACCAAUUCAAGCUCUGGACAGCUCUGGAGAUCCAAAGACGCGCGAUUCUGGCUCACUACAUACUGGAUGGCAUCAAGUCACACAUGCUGGGCGAGUCGACAGCGGUCCGACACGUCGCAAACCAGCUCCAACUCCCGAACGCAGACCUCCUAUUCGAAGCCGGUAGCGCGGACGAAUGGCUUGUACGAAUGUACUCACAGCAGACCCUCCCACCAACAACCACCUUCUCCUCCAUCUACAACCUCCUCUUCGCCCACGACAACACGCGCUACUCCGACCUCAGUUCCACCCUCUCCACCUUCACCCUUCGCGUCCUCCUCGAAGGCCUCCAAUCCCUCGCCGCCGAGUCCCCACACGACACAUCCCAAUCCCCCCUCGGCGUGCCCUCCAAAUACGAAAUCCGCCGCGCCCUGACCCGGCUCUACGCCAGCAUCGCCACAAACUUCCUCGCCGCCCCCGCCGAGAAGAUGGAGACGUGUCUACGCUGGCACUCCAUCUGCCUCGACCUCAUUACCCCUUCGUCCAUCCUCUGCCGCUUCGUGUGCGUGCGCCAGAACAUCACCCAGCACGUCUGGUCCACGCCCAAGAGCCCGCACCGCGACCUCGACCUGAUCGCCUGGGCGCACUCGUCCGAUGGCCGCCGCGCCCUGCUGCACGCCGCCGCGAUCCAAGAUAUCGUCGAGCAGCUGCCGCGCGGGCGCGCUCACGCCAUUCACAUGCCGUCGGCGCUGCUCGCGGCCGCGACGGUGUACUGCGUGUUUGCGAUCGCGGGCGUCAUCACGGUGCGGCUGCCGUGCGUGACGGACUGGAAGGAUGCGCUGGAUGAGGUCGACGACGCGGCUGUGCAGCUGGCCGAGCUGUCCGGGACGCCGAUUACGUCGGAGACGACGCGGUUUGUGCUCGGGGGCUUGCCGCAGGGGGUUGGGUAUGGGGCGGUUGGGGGCAUGCGCAAUGUGCGGUAUGAGCUGAAUUCGCUGCAGAAACUGUUCGGCUGCCUGGGGACGCAGUGGGGGAUUGCGAAGGAUAUGGAACAGGUCGUUGGGGACUGGAAUGCGAUGUGUCACUGAUGGGUUGUGCGAGAGCCCUUUUGGGCGAUCCA